UCCGAUUGACAGGCAGGAGGGGGAAAUGAGAGGCAGUUUGACUUUCGGACCUUCCGUGCUGAUGCGACAACUGUUUAAACAUCGGCUGCACUUUUCUUCAAUGUUUCCUCUUGCGCGAGUAUUGUAACAGCGUUUGCUGCAUGUAUUUUUCAGCCAGGGUGAAGUGCUAUGAAAGUUGACCUUGGACGAGCCUCGCGUCUAUUAUUAACAUUUGUUUUUGCCCGAGGCUGGGCGCAGCUCUGCAGUUAAAGUGCGUCUGUCUCUGCGAGGAGAAAAGUUUUUGCAGCUUUGUUUCGUUUUUGUCUAAGUUGCGGAAUGGCGGAUGGAGAGGAGCUGCUUAAUGCGGCGGAGUUUAUAAAAGAUCGGCUGUAUUUUGCUAUUCUUCGACAUAAACCCAAAAACACAGCGAACACGCACUAUUUUAGCGUUGAUGAUGAACUCGUAUAUGAAAAUUUCUAUGCAGAUUUUGGACCUCUGAACAUGGCCAUGUUAUAUAGAUACUGCUGCAAAUUAAACAAAAAAAUAAAGUCAUUUACCAUGGGAAGGAAGAAAAUAGUUCACUAUACAGGUUGUGAUCAGAAGAAACAGGCAAAUGCAGCUGUCCUUAUUGGGUCCUUUUCGGUAAUUUACUUGAAAAAGUCUCCGGAGGAAACCUACAGACUGUUGGUGGGGGGGAAUAACACAUACCAACCUUUUAGGGAUGCUUCAUUUGGCUCGUGCACUUAUAAUCUAACAGUUCUGGACUGUUUACAUGCAGUUAGCAAGGCCCUGCAGUAUGAAUUCUUCAAUUUUAAUACAUUUGAUGUAGAUGAAUAUGAACAUUAUGAGAGGGCAGAAAACGGAGAUUUUAACUGGAUAAUCCCCAGCAAGUUCUUGGCCUUUAGUGGACCACAUCCAAAGAGCAAAAUAGAAAAUGGCUACCCUCUGCAUGCUCCAGAGGCCUAUUUUCAGUACUUCCGGAAGCACAAUGUCACCACAAUUAUCCGUUUAAACAAGAAAAUGUAUGAUGCCAAGCGAUUCACAGAUGCUCGUUUUGAGCAUUAUGAUCUCUUCUUUGUGGAUGGAAGUACGCCUAGUGAUGCUAUAGUCAAAAGGUUCUUGAAUAUCUGUGAAAACGCAGAGGGUGUCGUUGCUGUGCACUGUAAAGCUGGCUUAGGCCGAACUGGUACUCUAAUAGCAUGUUAUAUCAUGAAACACUACAAACUGACAGCCGCGGAAGCCAUUGCCUGGAUCAGAAUAUGUAGACCAGGAUCAGUUAUAGGACCGCAACAGCACUUUUUAGAAGAGAAACAAGCUAACCUAUGGACCCAGGGUGACCUUUUCCGUGCAAAAUUAAAAGAACAGCAGAAUGGAAAGGAUAAGGUUGGCGUUACUCGGAUCCUUUCUGGGGUUGAUGAUAUUUCCAUUAAUGAUAAUCAAAACAAGAUGAUUGACGAACAAGAAUGUCACAUGUACAAUGAUAAUGAUGAUCACUGCACUAAUAAAAAUGAACUGACCCAAGGUGAUAAACUUAGGGUAUUAAAGAGUAGAAGACCAGCAAGAGCUGUGACCACUGGAUCAAUGAAAUUGGAAGAGAACAAAAUGCACACACGGUCAUCAUCCCAGGCAUUCAGGAUAAUACUGCAGUCUAGCACACAGAGUUGCAAGCCUCCUAAUCCAUGUGCCAUUCCUGGCAUAAGCUCUAUGAGCAAACGGACAACCAGAUCCAUGGCUGCAAACAAUAAUCUGAGUCACUCUACUAUUAGCACUAAAGUACCGUUGCUCCGUUAACAUUCACAUUUUGAAGUGACACCUUGGAACGUUUGCAGAGGAAACUGGAGAAUGAGAUUAUUCCUCAAUUAUUUACAGAACUAUGAAUUUAUGCCAGAGCAGCACCCUAUUGUCACCAGGAUUCUGCAAAAUGACUGUCCUGAACUUGAACUCAGCUGCCAUUCCACCUUGAGAAUUUCCUGUGCACAACAUAAGCAGUGGUGAUAAUGGAUCUUGUAUAAGCAUUUGCAAAACUGUUGUACUAAAGGAACUGUUAAGAAUAUUAAGAAACAUUUUUAAAUGCAGAUGUGUUUUCUGUCCUGUAGCACAAUGUAUUGUACCUGAGCUGUCAGGCAGAAGUCAGGCCUUUAACACCAUCUUAUAGCCAAAGUAGAAUAGUAAAAUGAAAUAAUUGUUUGGCGUGAAGUGAAAACUACAUGCCAUGUAUUUUCAUUAGUUUUGUUUUCCAGAUAAUGGUAAACAUGAAGGAUCCAGACAUUGAAGGAAAUUUGGAAUUUGAUUCCAUGAUUUUUAAAAAAAAACUUUCAACUAUGAAAGUUAUUUUGAUCCCUUUUUUCCCUCCUAAUUAUGAAUACAUUCCAUAAUACCAGAUCUUGCCUCCUACAAUUCUAAACUUGGACAUACGUUAUCCACAUGGAGGUUCUUGUCGGUUGUAACAGUUUAUGGUGUUUGUGUAAUAGUGUUACAAAGGUACUAAGGGAUCUUGUUUUAUUUUUGAAUCUGUAAUGUUAGCAAUAAAACAAAAUGCCCUAGGCAAGAACCCAGUGUCAUUCUACACAGGCCGCCAUCCAUAGCAAAGAUCCUAAAGCCUGUAGCUGUACAGUUUUAAAUGAAUAGUUAAAUUAUUUCUAAACUUAUUUGAUGAGCAGAAUGUGUAACAGUGAACUAUUACUGGGCUUACUUCUUGAAAUAAAUUGCUACAUUACUUAAUACAUAAAAUAUCAAAAUUACAUUAAAUGUUAAAAUGAAAUCAUGUUAUUUUUAAAAUAUUGUUCAAGUCCAAAACCUACAAAAAGCCAAGUGACCUUGUAAUCAGCUACCAUUUAGACAAGUGUUCUGUCGUGUGGUAGAGUUGAUUUAGAACAAUAGGAGUGUUGUUGUUUAUGGGAGAGGAAUGAUAAAAAAAUUGACCCAAAUUGGGGUAUAAGGAUAAUAUUUUUAUAUGCAUGAACAAAUUGUAUUUUCAGUUGUUUUGCAGUGAAUGUCUUCUGGAAUGGAUUUUAGCUAUACAAUUACGUGUAGACUGGAAAUGUGCAGUUUGUCUGGUACAGUACUGUAAUAGCAUCAGCCAACAAAUUUUUGUAACUUGUUACAGAAAAUAAGCUUUAUCCUUGUACUCAAACUGCUAUAAAGCAAUACUGUACUUCACAAAAUGUUAGGAAUCAGGUUUUUAUCUUCAAGUUAAAAUGGAUUUUUAAUUCCAGUUUGAUAAUUGUAAUGUGCAUUUGCUUGUGUCAAAGUCAUGACUGGAAUCUCUGAUCCAGUAUAACUGGUGUCUGUCUUCUGUUUUCUAAUUUUACAUUAUUUGGGUUGAGGGUAUUUUUAACUAUGGCAUUGUAUCUUUUCUCUGGUUUAAUCUGUUAACAUUUGAUCUGUCACAAUGCAAAUCUGGAAUUGAUAUAUAUAUAUAUAUAUAUAUAGACAGAUAUAUACUUAUUUUGUACAGAAAUGUAUGUAUGCAGUAUAUAAACCUUUUAUGACAGGAAAUAAACAUAUGGCAUUUUCA